AUGGAUCGAUCUAGGGGACGGGGAAGGCCAUUACCCGCUGAAAACAGAAGAGAGGUUCCAGAUCAAGCUAAGACCAGGAGUGAUAUAUCGCUGCCUGCAGGUGUUGGUAAUCCAAGUCGUGAUCGUCAUGGACGGAUGGCAGAUCAACAAACGAGAAAUAUAGACAAAAAGAACGGAGGGGAUAAAUAUCGAACUCACAGCAAGAAAUUCUUCACAAAAGGUCGAGUAUUCAGCACAGCAUUUGAAGAUGAAGAUGGAUCAUCGAAUCAAAAUUUUCUUAUCAUAAGGGAAGCCCAGGAAACUCCGGACGAUAUUGGAACUCAUUGUACAUGCCUCUCAGUGACGCCCUUGAGAAAAGACUUGGACUUGUCAGAAUGUGGGCUUCUUCAUGCCAGCUCAACCCAACCUCCAUCGAUAAGGGGAGUAAAAUUUAAACCCCUCCAAGUCGAUGUUUCAAGGGAUACUCGAUUCGAUGCGCCCAUGUUGGUUAAUUAUAUACAGAUGUUCAACGUGGAUACUAAUUCGGAGGUUAAUGAUAUUGGGAAACUACAGCCAGAAUCUAUACAAGAUUUGAUGGAUAAUUUCAAAGAUUCCUUGUUUGACUCACCGCAAGAUAAAGAUGGAAGAAGUAAUAAGCACGGGAGAAGGAAAGGUAGGGGUGAAGAUGAGAGCUCACGAAAACCACCGCAUGGACAUAGAGAGCCUAGUAAACCACACUCAAAGGCACCAACAGCAUCCAACACACGCUAUGCACCCUCGACUGCACUUGGUUCUAGUUCUGUACCCAAUGGCUCGGAAGCUACAAGUAGAAGAUCCAAUUUACGUAACCUUGAUGUGCCGGAAAAUACAAAACGGCAACAGCCAAAGGGGUCGUCUCAUGGUUCCGAUGAACUAGAGGAGGAUCUAGAUUUACCAACGAGAGCAAGGGAAGCAGAAAACAGACGGUUACAAGAUGCUAAGGAUCAUCCACGAAGAGGCGGUCCUCUAACAGUGGACCAACUUCGUGGUACCAAGGAUCGCCACGAGAGAGACAACCCUGCAAAACGAAGAGAAGAAGGAGAAAUGCCAAUGGGAUCCUCACGUGCAGAUACAGAACGAGAUGGAGGAGAUGAACGGACAGAUAGACCGGGGAUGAAUUUGUUACCACAUUCACCUACUAAGCGAAAUAUGAAUCAUCGCAAGGAUGGCGACGAUAUCACAAAAGCCUCCAGUACUGGUGUCCCGGUUCCAAUUCCGAUGGGUGAUUCUUCGGAUAGAGGUAAGCAACGGGAUAGAAACAAUACAGGAGUCCCACGGGAGAAUACAUCAUCACGCAAAGAAGACGCCCUUAGAAGAAAUGAUAACCUACGAAAAGACGCUGACCGACCUGGAAACUCUCGAUCUCGUCCUCAAUCUCCUGAUAGAGCACUUAACGAUAGAGGACAAGCUUACGGUUCAGAUUGGGAAGAAAAUGACUCGUUUCAUGGAAGACGCGGCCAGAAAGGAAGAGAUGCGCCAUAUGAUGCAAGAAACUUUCCACUUCCAAUAGGUCGAAGAGACGAUCCAACCGAUGGAACUUCUAGACGUGGUAUUCCUCCUGAUGAAAUUCGCGGUCGUCCUGGAGAUUUAAGCAAUGGGCGUUCCAUGCCAGGUAUUGAUGACAGAGGACGCCCACUAGACAGAGCAGGACAUGAUCCCCGCUCAAUGUCCACCGAGACGAGUUUACCAGGCAGAUCUCGACCUAAUGGAUUACCUGGACGUGAUGGAAGAAUGAAUCCUGCCACUGGCGGUAGACCACCUGGAAAAGCACCUGAUCGCAGAUCCAUGUCAAAUUAUCCACCACAAUCUCGCUCAAAUGGGCGUGAUCAUCCUCAAUCUAAUUUAGAUGAUAGUCGACGAAUGCGACCCCCAGGAUAUGGUACUCCUGAUCGAUCUGAUCCUAAAUCAAAUAAUCGCCGUUCCAUCUCUCCACGACGUCCUGCACCUUCCGGUGGCCAUUCGAGACCGCCGGGAGGUGGUUCAGGUGGUGCACCAUUCAGAUCUCAGCCACUGCCGUCUUCUCAUGGUAGAGGACCUCCUCCUGGCAGAGGGCUGCCAUCAUCAGGCGGUAGAGGACCCCCUGGGAGAGGGCCACCGCCAUCGGGUGGUAGGGGACCGUCUGGUAGGGAUAGUUCUCCUAGAAGACAUUUGCCACCAUCAAAUGCUUCUGGUUAUAGAUCUCCAGGUGGCGGUCGAUCACCCAUGGGUGGUUCGUCGCCAAUGUCAAGAGGACCUCCAGGUGGUGGAUACUCUGGGGGUAGAUCACCGGGUGGAGGUCGUUCUCCUAUGGGUGGUCGCUCUCCUAUGGGUGGUCGUUCUCCUGUAGGUGGCUCAUCGCCAAUGUCGAGAGGACCUCCUGGUGGUAGACCUCCGGGUCCAUCGUCGCCGAUGUCUGGUGGUGGCUCACCUCGUGGAUCUCCUGGUAGUCUGUCACCGGGAGGUUCGAUAGCAGGUGAGUCACCAGGGAUGUCACCCGGAGGAUCACCUGGAAGUUCUCCUAUUGAGUCACCAGGCGGCUUACCAGAGUCUCCUGGAGGAUCCCCUGUGGAAUCACCUCUUCAAUCUCCAGGUAGCCGCCCGGGCUCCCCAAUAGAGUCUCCAAUGGGGUCUCCAAUGGGGUCUCCAAUGGGUUCCCAAAUGGGAUCUCCGAUAGGAUCACGGAGAGAUUCUAUGGCAAGUGGAUCUUAUGUCGGUUCGCCUCAAGAACGAUCUCCAAUGGGAGGCUCUUCAUAUCGCUCGCCAAUGGUCAGUGGACCCCCAAGUCCUGCAAUGUCCGGAAGAUCGCGAUCGCUAAGUCCUCCACCUCGCGGAAGGCUUCAAUCUGGCGGAUUUUCUCCAGGGCCGGGCUCUCCCAGAAGUUCUGGUCCUGGAGCUAGGUCUAGACCCGGUGGUAGAGGUGUCAGAAGAAGAGGCCCAAAAGGAAAAUCUAGAGGGCCUGCCAAUGGUAGACAACCACCUUCAAGUGGAGCUAAUAAUGAAGAGCCAUGUAUGGGUGAUGAUGAUGGGUGCGGGUGUUGUGAGAAUGGCUUUGCUGCUUGGUGGAAAAGUGUUGUAGACUGGUGGAAUGGUGUUGGACAAGAAGAAUGGAUUCAAAUGGAAGAUCAGAAAGAUAAUGGAAAACAAAAAUCCGAACCAGAUCAAGGUCCAGAAGAUGAAGAUGCAAAAUCAGUCACCAGCGGUGCAGAGCCUGGUAGUCCUUCAUCGACAAAGGACCCAUUUCAAGAUGGACAUGAAGACGGUCAGGAUGAUGAAAGCACUGCGGUUGGUUCAGAUGAGGAAAAUAGUGGCGAUGAUCCUGAUGGCGAAAGCGAAGAUGAAAAUGGUUCUGAUCAAGAAGAACCUGAUGAUGAUGCUAGCUCAAACUCUGAUGCAGGAUCUGACCAGGGAAGUGAGGAUGAAAUAGAACCUGAUGAUUCUUCUGAUGCAGGUUCGAGGCGCUCAUCUACAGCAGUAGCUUCUGAGCUUGAUCAUCAAGAUUCUGUUCGCGAGCCUGCUGAUGAUCAUUCUCAAAAUCCACCAAACAGUAAUUACCCUGCAAACGAGAAUUCUUAUUCUGCGAAUAACCAGUACAUGGAAACUCCACAAGAUUCUUACAGCUAUCUUCCCAAUGACGAUCGCUCUUACAUGGGUCAACACAAUUACGCACCCCAAAAUAGUUACCUAACCAAUCCAAGUGAUAUGCCACCUCAAGAGCUAGAUAGUGCAUACCCAGCCGCUCAUUCCGCCAAAUCCACAGCAACAGCCUUUCCCUCCAUCCCCGAAGAUGCAGCAGAACUAGCAACAGACAAUAGUGAGCCGCCGAAUCCACCACCCUAUGCUCCCGUACCCUCAACACCUCAACAACUCUCACGACCUCGCUCUACUCGCUUCGAACUUGCGUGCGAACGUGAUCCUGUAGAAUUAGAAGUCCCUCCCAUGCCGACCACGCGUGGGAAAUCUGAACUUUUUCUUCCACCAAGUUUGACGCCUGGUGUGGCUACUGCUCCUCACAAUGCUUUUUCGCCGUUCUCAGCGAUGGGAAGUGCUAGAACACCUUCUCCUUUUCAACAUCCUCCCAUGCCUCAGAUUCAAAGUUCUUGGGCUCCUCCACAACAACAAACACAUUUCCCCCCUUAUCAAUCACAGGGUCCACAAGCGAAUUUCGGUUCUUCGCAAUCCCAAGCUCAAGCUCAAGCUCAACCGCAAUUACGAUCCGGAAUGAAUUAUGCGCCACAAGUUCCACAAGCUCCGCUUCCUACUUACCCAGGUGCUCAGAGAUAUGAUACAAGAGGUAAUCAAUUCCACGAGCAAGCUAUGCGUCAGCCUUCUCCACAUCAGCAACAAAUGAGGGGUACGCCACCUCCUGUAGUACCGGCUAGGAGUGAAAUGAGGCCACCCAGUUUUCCGCCGCCGUUAAAUUCUGCCAGAGGUGUAGAUGGGGCUGGAGUGAGUUCUGGAAAGGAUGGAAGAGGUGCAAGGGAAGGGAAUGGCAAGCGAGGAGGUCAAGAUCCGAGAGGUAAACAUUCAAAAUCCGUAAAUCCAAGUCGAAGACAUCAGGAUCCAAGAAAAAAGGCUCUACCGUCUAGAAGCCACAGACAAUCCUAUUCAGAAAGUGAUUCAGAAUCUGGAUCAGACAUGGACUCGGAAUCAGAAUCAGACUCAGAUUCAGAUGACGAAUCAGGAAGUGAUGAUGAACAUGGAUAUAAUCGUCAAAGAGGUAUGGAUGACGAAAGUGAUAGUGAUGAUGACAGCGAUCUUGAUAGUGGAUUUGGAACUUAUGAUGAUGAUUUGGUUGCGAGAGAAGAUGAUAUGCAAUCGAACUUUGGGGGUCCGGGGUCUCAAGGUCCGACUAGGAUGGAUCCUAGAGCGGGGACGGGAAAUAUGCAAGUUCCUCCUCCUCCGCCUGCUCCUGCCCCUGGACCUAUAGCAGCCCCACCCCAAGCCUAUAUGGAUGCUAGAGGAGUAGCAGAAUUCAAUUACGGUGCACCGAAUCCAAAUUAUGGCGCACCAAACCCAAACUAUGCUGCGUCAAAUCCCUACAUCGGACAAAAUCAGAUGCAAAUGCAAACGCCCCCGGAUCAAUAUCGAUAUCAAAAUAGGCAACCUCAGAUUCCUAGACCAGCACCUACAGUGCAUAUGCAAAUGCAUAAUCCAUAUCAAAGGCCAGGUGAUAUACCACAUAACCCUCAUAUGCCACCACAAGCUCCGGGACAUAAUCAAUAUAAUAGACCGGAUGAUAUGUACAACAAUCCUUAUGGAGGUCCCGAGCAACAAUAUCAACAACAUCAGAAACAACCGGCGCCUCGUGCACCACACCAACCUCAGCCGUCAGCUAACAUACCAGAACAAUCUCGAAGACAAAAGCCUGAGACCCAAAAAUCUCGGCCACAUAAGGGAGUAGAAGAGAGCCAAAGAGACGUUCGCGGAGACAAAAAAUCAAAGGAGAAGAAUCAUCAUGUCGAGAAACCUCGUGUGGAGAAACCACGCAAGAAGGAACGACCUCCUAUACCUAUGAGUCCGGCAGAAUCAGUAAAUCUCGAGCCUGAUGAUGAAAUGAGUCCGAGCCCGUCAAGACAGUCACCCUUUGAGCAAGAAAAUGAGCACGAACAAAUGAGAGAAGAGCACGAUAGUGAUAGAGAGAAUGGUAGCGAUGAUGAUUCUGGACCGGAAGAAGAUCCAGAGCCCGAUUCUGGUUCUGAUGGUGAAGAAAGUGAUGGGGAAGAAGGAGAAGAGGAGGAUCAUCCAGGUGCGAAUGAAGAUGGAGAGAUGGAGAGUGAUGCUGAAAGCUUAGCACCUCCGUCUCCAUCUCCGGUCCAGGAAAAGAAAGAGGGAAAACGACGGGGAGAGGGUGAUAAGAGUAGAGGUGGAAAUAGAAAAGAAAGUGGAAAAGGAAAGGAAAGAUCGAGAGGAGGAAAACAGGGUGGAAGGGGUGAGAGGAGUGGAAGAGAAAGAAAUGGCAGGGGGAGAGAUAGAAGAGGGAGGGGAAGAGAAGAUGGAGUGGAUGUUGGGGGAAAAUUGAAGAAAACUUGGGAUUUUUUGAAGAAGUUGGAUUAUCAUGAGAAGUGA